AUGUCUAUCAGUGCUGUUGUCGAUGUGAAACCUUUCAAAACAAUGUGGAAGAUCAAGGGUGGUAAAAUUCAUGUCUUGGUGAAAAGAGAAUUGGUUGCUCAAUUCUCUUCUUUCUUAGGCCAAGGAGGAUCGUUGAUGCUUAUUAAUUUUUCAGUGACUCAUUCAUGUGGUACCUACAGAACUACAAACCAUCCUUACCGGAUUGGCUUCCUGUCCACAACCCGUGUUCGAUCAUGUGAGAAGUUUCCUGAGGACUUAGCAGGUUUCGAACCAGUGAAGUACACAGAACUGUUCGAUGGAAGUCUAAACCCGGAUUACUUGAUAUUAUCGGUGAGAUUGUUUGAAAUCAGUGAUAUUGAGCAUGUUAAUGUGAAUGGGAAGGAGACAGAGAAGAUCUCUUUAGAGUUGUGA